CAUCACCAAAGAAAGUGAGUAAGAUUCGGUCUUGAUGAUCAAUUGGGUAAGAAGAGACUUUUCCCUCGCGCGCAGAAUCAGAUAACCAUCCUGGAGUUCGCCCGCACUUCGAGGCUGCUAAACACCGAUUUAAUCAGCUCUUUCCCAUCCAUGCCUGCACUCGAUACUGACAAUGCAUGCUCGUGAGGUCCAAACAUGCAUGCGAUGCCGCGAAUCGAAGCGUCGUUGCGACAAGGCUAAGCCUGCCUGUUCACGUUGCGUUCGAGCCGGAGUUCAAUGCUCCUUUGAUGGCCAAUCUACAGAGGAGAGAGUCCUCAGUACCAAUGCGAAAGACAAUCUCGCCCCAGACGUUACUGAUAGCUGCGAUUCUAUUACCUCGGAAAUCUUGUCUGCUCGUUCAUCAGCACGACAGUCUUCAAGCGUACUGUUAACUCCACCCCCUGAUAAAGUGGUCAAGAGAAGGAAUCGCGCCUGUCUCUCGUGUUCGAGAUGUCAUCGAAUCAAAGUCAGAUGUGAUAAGAAGCAACCUUGCGGUCGAUGCACAAGCUCCGGAUAUCAUACUACCUGCAUAUAUACACACAAGACAUCAACAGUUGCGAGAGAACAAAACCCAGACCCUGCUAUUGUUUUGGCCAGCGAGGAUCCUGAGGUGGUCGUUACCACGUGGUUCUUGAGACGUCGCGGAUCUAGCCAUUGGCGUGCUUUGCUUUCACGGGCUCAAGCACUUGAACAUGUUGGUUCCGAAGUAUUUAACGUUGCUCUGCGCGAACAUACGGAGAAUAGAUGCAUGAAUGAUCUCUUCCUGCCAGGAAACUUUCCGUUGGGAACGCCAGAUGCCGCCAAAUACGCCUCUAUCGAAAAUGUACACGACCUCAUUCAGAGUUCUCGUGACAGUGCAUACAUAUACCUCAAAGCUUAUGCCAAUAUUUACCACAAGAUCUAUCCGGUGCUGGACAUCGACGAUUUCGAACUCGAAGUGAAGGAGUAUUUGGAAUCCCCAACCCAAGUUGAUGUUAACUGGCUUUCACAAUACUUGAUCGUGCUUGGACUAGGAGCCUUCGCCACUAAGGACCAAGACCUUGCAAAAGCCUUUUUCUUCGCCAGUGAGGCAUGCCUCGCUAAAAGCCCGUACAUGUUUCGGCCAUGUAUCUUGAACAUCAGCACUCUCUGUCUCAUGAUAGUUGCAAAGCAGGUCGCCAACGCUACUUGUUGGGCGCUGGACUCCUGCUGGAACAUCAUGGGCAUGUUAGUCCGCUUAGCUGUCAUGAUGGGUCUUCAUCUAGAUGGUGGUACUCUUUGUCUGACAAAAAAUGUCAUUAAAGAACGAGCGCUUCAUCGCCGAGUAUGGACCAUCAUAGUCUACCUUGAUAUACAGCUCGCUCUGAUCACAGGUCAAUCCUCGGCACUUCCACCGGAUGCGCUUCUUGUAGGCGACGAUACAUUGCCACCGAGCUGUAUGAUCUCGUUGGAGGACUGUUGGAAAUCAGUGCUCCCCGAAUCAUUUCCAAUCAUCUAUCAUUUUCUGACCAGAAUCAAUUCAAGUGACGGCACGAUAAGCUAUGAUGAGGUCUUGCAAUAUGAUCUGGAGAUUCGACAGCGCAUGCAAUAUCUUGUUGGUCUCGAGGGCGACGAAAUUCUCCGGAUAACGCUUGAUAUUUUUUUUCGACGUGUUCUUUCAUGUCUACACCGCUCCCAUGCCUUACAUUUUGAAGGGCCGGUCUUGUAUCCAACUUCUUAUUGGUCAUCCCUGGAAUGCAGCCUUGCACUUCUUGUCCACCACCGUGCGCUCUCCGAACAGCCCUCUGACGACUCUCUCCAUGGCCAAUUGGUUUGUCGACCUUUUAUGUUAGACUUCUUCGCCGCAGCACUCACUACUGGAGUACACCUCACUCGCCGAGAUGCACCACUUUCAGCCGAUUUCACCUCUGAGGGAAUGAUACCGCCACGACAGACAAUUGUUGAUACGUUAAAAUCCUGCUUGGAGAUCGUUGAAAGGGAAAAGGACGAAACACUAUGUUUCCGAUCAGGAUGUAGGCUUCUGAGUAGCGUUUGUAGCGUGGUAUGGGCCUCGUCGCUACUGGACGAACCCCAUUCAAACUUGUCCCCUCAUUAAUACCGCAGAUCGAAUACGACGCAAGGGAAUAGCCGGAGUGACGCGCCAAUGUGGUCACUGGCAGGGAGGCUGCUCUGGCAACACGAGGAUCGGAAUUGCAUGAGGAAUGCUCGACUGGACACUCUUUAUCAGCAUUGACAGAAUUACAUCAUCACUCUUUUGAUAAAUACUAGCACCAAUGUGCGCCAGCCUCCGGUAUUUGUAGGGCUAGAUCUUGAUAGACGACAGUCGGGAAUUGUUUAGAUAGUUUUAUGAGCCUUUAAACUAUAUCC